CACGUGUAUUAUUGUGAGUCGAGAGUCUUGAACAGACACUAAUUCGCUUCUACCGAUUACAGUUUUACCAUUUACACACGACAAACUUUCUUGCUAUUUUCCUUUUUAAAUUAUCAGAAGCAUGGCUGAAAAUUCAGGAGAUGAUAUUGCUACGGCUAUCUUGAGGACAAAGGCUAAACCAAAUAGAUUGGUGGUCGAAGAAGCAAUCAAUGAUGACAACUCAGUCGUCUCACUCUCACAGGCUAAGAUGGAUGAGCUUCAGCUCUUCCGUGGAGACACAGUCAUGCUCAAAGGCAAGAAAAGGCGAGACACCGUCUGCAUUGUUCUCUCAGAUGACACCGUAACAGAUGACAAGAUCCGUGUCAACCGAGUCGUCAGGAGUAACCUUCGGGUUCGUCUAGGAGACAUUGUCAGUGUAACAGCCUGCCCAGAUGUGAAGUAUGGCAAGCGUAUCCAUGUUCUACCUAUUGACGACACAAUUGAAGGCAUCUCCGGAAACCUCUUUGAUGUAUACCUGAGGCCGUACUUCCAGGAGGCGUACCGCCCCGUCAGGAAAGGUGACAUCUUUCAAAUCCGUGGAGGCAUGAGGGCGGUAGAAUUCAAAGUGGUGGAAACAGACCCCGGACCAUACUGCAUCGUUUCACCUGAUACAGUCAUACACUUUGAGGGAGAUGCAAUCAAGCGAGAGGACGAGGAGGAAAAUCUGAACGAGAUUGGUUAUGAUGACAUCGGAGGCUGCCGCAAACAGUUGGCCUCCAUCAAGGAGAUGGUUGAACUGCCCCUUCGUCACCCUGCUCUCUUCAAGGCCAUCGGAGUCAAGCCUCCUCGUGGCAUUCUCUUAUACGGACCUCCUGGUGUUGGUAAGACGCUGAUCGCCAGAGCUGUAGCCAAUGAGACCGGUGCAUUCUUCUUCCUUAUCAACGGACCAGAAAUCAUGAGUAAGCUGGCUGGAGAUUCCGAGUCCAACCUACGCAAAGCCUUCGAGGAAGCAGAAAAGAACGCUCCUGCAAUCAUCUUCAUUGAUGAACUUGACUCAAUCGCACCCAAGAGAGAAAAGACCCAUGGAGAAGUUGAACGAAGAAUUGUGUCACAGCUCUUGACCCUCAUGGACGGGUUGAAGAAAAGGUCACAUGUCGUCGUCAUGGCAGCCACAAACAGGCCUAACAGCAUUGACACAGCUCUCCGUAGAUUCGGUCGCUUUGAUCGUGAGAUAGACAUUGGCAUUCCUGACUCCACCGGCCGUCUUGAAAUCCUCCGCAUUCACACCAAGAACAUGAAACUCGCUGAUGACGUAGACCUUGAACAGAUUGCAAACGAGACCCAUGGCCAUGUGGGCUCUGACCUGGCUGCUCUGUGCUCGGAGUCUGCCCUGCAGCAGAUCCGUAAGAAGAUGGAUCUCAUCGACCUGGAAGAAGAAAACAUCGAUGCUGAGGUCCUGGAUUCCCUUGCCGUUACCAUGGAUGACUUCAGGUAUGCAUUAAGCAAGAGCAGCCCCAGUGCUCUGCGUGAGACCGUGGUGGAGGUGCCCAACGUGUCAUGGGAGGACAUCGGGGGUCUGGAGAGCGUCAAGAGGGAGCUCCAGGAGCUGGUACAGUACCCUGUGGAGCAUCCAGACAAGUUCCUCAAGUUCGGCAUGACCCCGAGCCGUGGCGUGCUCUUCUACGGUCCCCCAGGAUGUGGUAAGACCCUGCUCGCCAAGGCCAUCGCCAACGAGUGCCAGGCCAACUUCAUCUCUAUCAAGGGUCCGGAGCUGCUCACCAUGUGGUUCGGAGAGUCGGAAGCCAAUGUCAGGGAUGUCUUUGACAAGGCAAGGCAAGCUGCACCAUGCGUGCUCUUCUUUGAUGAGUUGGAUUCCAUCGCUAAGUCUCGAGGAGGCAACGUCGGUGAUGCCGGUGGUGCCUCAGACCGUGUCAUCAACCAGGUUCUGACUGAGAUGGAUGGUAUGGGCUCCAAGAAGAACGUCUUCAUCAUCGGUGCAACCAACAGGCCAGACAUCGUAGACUCUGCCAUCCUACGUCCAGGACGUCUAGAUCAGCUUAUCUACAUCCCCUUGCCAGAUGAGCCCUCCAGGAUCUCAAUCCUAAAUGCAAACCUCAGGAAAUCACCUGUGGAUAAGGGAGUUGACGUGGAAUAUCUUGCCAAGGUCACCCAGGGAUUCAGUGGUGCUGAUCUGACAGAGAUCUGCCAGCGUGCCUGCAAGCUAGCCAUCCGCCAGAGCAUUGAGGUGGAAAUCAGGAAACAGAGGGAACGUGUGGCAAACCCAGACCUCGACAUGGAGACGGAUGAAGACGAUCCAGUCCCAGAGAUCACCAAGGAGCACUUUGUGGAAGCCAUGAAGUAUGCUCGUCGGUCGGUCAGCGACAACGACAUCCGCAAGUACGAGAUGUUCUCACAGACACUGCAGCAGAGCAGAGGAUUCGGUACCAAUUUCAGAUUCCCAGAAGAAAGUGGUCAACCAGCUGGUCAGGGCACCCCAGGGUCUGGGGGAGGCAAUCCUAAUCUCUAUCAAGACAACGAGGAUGAUGACCUAUACAACUAGAUUAGUCGCCUCUGUAUCAAACAGCCACACAAAGAUUCCAGUAAUACAAGAGAAUAGUAAUGAUGAAGAUAGAAGGAUUAUUAUAUCUGGGUGUUGUGUCCCCUCAAGGAUUGUAUAUUAUUAUUGUAAUUCUUUUUCAUGUUCAUUUGUUUAGGACUGUAAAAUUAAUAAGGGAAAUUCAACCAAAAAAAAAAACACAAACCUGUAAGGGCUUAAUCCUGAGGGUUAUGCAACAAUAUGGAAUCCGUCUUGUAUACACUGUGUGAUAUUUAACAUGUCGGUGCACACAGAACUGAUUUAUUGUAGGAACCUAGAAACUAAACCAUCUUCAAAUCUCUUUUGAUGAUGUAAAAAAAAGGUGUAAAAAUUGAAACUUGAAACUUGUAGUGAUGGAGAAAUUAUCACAUUAUUAUAUAAAGGCAGUAAUUCUUGUAAAACUCCUUAUUCUACCAGAAUAACAGAUUACAUGUCCAUAAAAGGACAAAAAUAACAAGAUGUUACACUGUAAUGAUGUUUAAUCUUGAGGAAUCAAAUGAAAAAAAUGUUAAUUCUAUGAAAUUGAAAUGUAAUUUAAGACUUUGAAACUGUAAUUUAUGGUAGGUAGUUCAAGGUGGUCUCAUUUGUUAGCCAAGCUGGAAAAGCUUACUCAAACACUGUCUCGCCAAACAGAAGAUUAAUGUAUCCUGGGAAGGUGGUUUAGUUACCAAAUGAAUUUGCAAGCUUUGAUUGGCAUGAAUUUGACUUCUGAUGCAACUACAUUGCUCAGACUUAACAAACCCACUGAGAUUUUUUCUAAUUUUGACAGUCCUGUUGGAAUGUUUGAAUUGUAUGACUUACAAGUAUUGAUAUAAACGAUGAAUGUAUAUCCUGUACAGUCAAGAAUCUGGAAGAAUUGUUCACUGUUUCACUGGAUUAAAUCAUAAUACAGAAGUGGAAGUGAGCACAUAUUUAUACACUUAUUAUUAUUUAAUCUCUCAUUUUUAUCCAUCUUCUUUAUAAUUUACUUUCUUUCUUCACAAAACAAUGCUAUUGUGCUGAUUAGAUAUUUGUUACAGAAUGAAGUCUGGAACAAGCAAUAUUUGAUUUUUAUAUAUCUUGUUUUUCUUUUUCUUAUAAAGAAUGAACUCCUUAGUUUGGCUAAUGCACAACUAAGCCAAAAAAAGUGUACUAUGUGUAUUGUAAAGUUUCUAGUGCCGAUAUUAUAGUAUGGAGUAUAGUGCACCACAUUUUUGUGUGUUUAUGAUAUGUUUUUCGGAACGAAUUAGAAAGGAAUGUAGAUGUCAUGUUGAAGAUUAAAAGAUUCUUUCUGAAGCUUCAUUUGGGGUCUUUUAUUUGUGACUUACACUACAGCCUGACAAAUGAAUAUUUGCCUUUAAGCCAUUGUUACAAUCUCCAUCUAUUAGAUCAUAAAAAAGGGGAGAGUUUUUCCUGAAACUUUCCUCUAAAUGUUUGAUCUGCUACACUUCAUUUUUGUUCAGACUUGUACAAUGACAAUGAAAAAAAUAUUACCAUAAUUCAUUCCACCUGUGUACAUGUAUAAGGACCAUAUGAUGACAGAAACCCAAAAUUGAAGCAAGUGAUAGUGCAGUUAGGAUUGUUUUUCUGCUUCAGAUUAAGCAUUUAAGUUCAGGAACUAUUACUCUAUUAUAUCAACAAACAAGUAAAUGGGUUGAAUUAAAAGGUAGAAUCAUAACAACUUUGUUUUCCAGAUUAUAUUUCUUUGAUACCAGAGCUCUAGUGUAAAUUGAAGAAGUCUCAGUAAAUUAAAAAAAGAAUUUUGUAAUAACACUUCACAACAUACAUACACACAAUACUGCCACAUUGAUGGUAACUUCAUCAAAAGUAUGACCAUUCGUAAUUUCGUAUGCAUUCAUUCUUAACUUAAGCUACAGCGUGCAGUUUUUAUUAGGAUUUUACCUAAAGGGAUUUAGGGAUACCUCUAUUUGUUCCAACUCAAAUGAGCAUCUUCAGAUAGUUGAUUUGAAAAUCAAAUCAUUCACAUGGUCACCAGAGUUAUUUAAGUACACCAUUGGAUUACCAGUAUCGAAAUAAUUUAUAGAGAAUAUGUGUCGUUUAGUGUGUUUUUUUCAUGACCAAUUUGCAAGAUAUAGAGAGUAAUGUUAUUUAAAAACAAAUCAAGAGUAAAACAACAUCUAUGAAGUUAAGGAAGAAUUUACAGUUCAGUUUGUGCUUCAGUUACUCUUAUUUUUGCAAUUUUCUGAACGUCCGUCUCUUCUGCUUUGAAAAAUGAAGAAUAAAAUACAUGUUCCAUUA